GUGCUGAAGGGCAGUAAAAAGCUCUGUCUCUCUGUGCGCUCGGUCGGGCGAAUUCCUGGCGGCUAUGUCACCAAUCAUGUUUAUACCUGGGUCGACCCGCAGGGUCGAGGUGUGUCACCCCCGCCCGACCUGCUGGAGCAUCGCAGCGCCACCCUGAAAAGAAAUGACAGCCAGCGACGCAGCAACAUGCAGCUGCUGCAGGAGGGAGACGAGAAGAAGGUCAACUUGGUUUUGGAUGACGGCCGGUCUCUUGGGCUGAUGAUCCGGGGGGGAGCAGAGUACGCUCUGGGUAUUUACAUCACCGGAGUGGACCAGGCAUCGGCAGCGGAGUGUGGAGGACUCAAG